UUUAAUUGUGUGCACUUGCACAUCACAAUUAAGAGCAGUGUUAAUUGUCGCCCAUGCUCAUGCAUAUAUAAAUAUAAACAACAUCUACUACUGAUCAUCUCUCUUUGUUUUUGUUUAAUUUGUUGUUGGUACUAGUAAAAAAAAUAAAAAAAAAUGAUUGAUAACAUGGAUGUUUAAGGUGAAUCCAUGUGGACCGGUGAAAGUGAAACGCACGUGUCCUCUAAUGGGCACUUGUUUUAAUGGCGUGUCUAUCUUCUCCUUUUGCUAUGUGGGAUGUGUAUAUAUAUAGAUAGAUAGUCCUCAGUUGAAGUCUAGUUAGUUCCCUUCAUAGUUUAAGAGGAAGAAGAAGCAAUCAGUAUCGCAGAUAUGGGAGAAGGCGAGGAGGAGGCCAAGACCGCAGUUGAAAUUCUGGAAAAAGGAGAUAUCUUCUUCUUCUACAGGCCCAAAGUUGAAAAAGAAGAGGCGCACGGCCCCGAAGAUGUCCAACGCUUCUACCUCGUUCUCCGCCCUCAAGGAGGCGGCGACGGUGGCGAUGGCGUGCUCCGGUUCAUGGUGAUGGGGCGCAAGGCGCUGCCGGAUCCUUCAAAGAAGAGCACCCCAUAUUGGGGCUUGGUCGAGCUCGCCACCACCGACCUCCAACGCAUUAAGGAGGCUCUCAAGGGACGUGAAUACGAGACGGCGACAAGAGGGCACCGCCACCUGUCCGACAGCCGGGCCGCCGGAGAAGGCGUGUACAGGAUCCUCAACCACGGUGGGCGUCGUGGGCGCCACACCCAUCUGGUUUACAAGCUGGAAUACCCGCCGGAAGGCGUGGAGGGCGAGCCCCAGGAAGCGUUCAACAUAGCACGCCAAGCCUCCUUUCUCAUCCAGAUCAAGAACCCCGACCUCCACUCCCUCCAAAACAAGAAGAAGGCGGCUUUUCCGGCCCCUUUACAGGGGCUCUUUGGCCACCGCCGAUAUCACCCUGCUGAUCCUCCUGAUUUCCUCAACCACGAGGGCUGCGAGUUCUUGCUCAUAUCAGCCUCUGAUGAUGUUGAAGAGGAGUUGGGGUUGGAGCUCAAGACAGAGCACGAGCAAUGCCCUGAUCUUGUUCGGACAUUUACAGACGACGACAUGGCUUUGCUCCGCCCUCUGUUCCAAGGCACUUGGGACUGACUCUAUCUCAAUCAUGUAACUGUCUGUGUGUAGCAAAGCUAACAACUUUUUGAAUAUGUAUGUAAGCUUUCAUGUAGUACAAAUUAGCUGAAUCCGACCAUCCUUCAAUGUUUCAGUCAUAACUUCUUCAAUACAAUUCCAAAUCAUCAACGGAGAGAGGCAUUGGAAAGCUAAUUCAAAUAUCUUAUUCAUUCUCGGAUUCCAAACAUCCAGUGAGUUACUCACAUUCAAAGUCUGCAGAAUUUGGUCACAUUCUACCAUCACAAAUAUCAAUCAUUUCUUGUUAAACUGCACACGUUGGUCUAAUCUAUGCAAACAAAGUUGGAUUGGUAAGAAGAAAAACAAAAUGGUUUCCACUGAUUCAGACAUAUCCAUAAACUAAGUUGAGUACUGAAACACAGAGAGUGACUGCCAUAACUGGAAUCACAAGACAGGAAAUUUAGAUACCUUUCCAAAAGCAAGCUAGCUAGGGGGAGGUGGCUCGACGAACGGUGUUCCAGAGCUCAAGGGCCCCACUCCAAAGGGAGGCGGAGGCGACGCCCAGAGCCAGGGCCUGUGGGUAACUGGGCUUCGAAUCGAGCUUCGUUUCGAGCUGGACGAGGCGGGAGUGGACGGCAUCCAGCUUCGCCGAAAUCACUUGCGGGGAAGAAUUCGAAUUGGGAUUGGAAUCGUCGCCGCCGCGUUUCGAAUUGGCCGUAAUCAUUCUGAAGAGGGCUCCCUGCAAAUCCCCAAUCACUUUAAGCGAAGCCUCCUGAGUCGCCAUCCCCUGCUUCUCGUAGUGCGUCACCAGCUCCUGAGGGCUCGGCAUUUUCUUCACCUUCUUCUUCCUCGCCCUCGCAUUAUUCUCACCGCCUUCCCCCGGCGGCUGCAUUUGCUGCUUCUCCAUGGCUGAUUCAAUUAGGUAUACGUU